AAUCCUUGCUCAUUUGGGUCUCUGUACUGCUGCGCCAUUCUCAUCUCGAGUUCUUUCUGCUUAUCCAUCGCUUCUUAAGUUUUUGGGAAUGGGGCUUGACGGGGUCGGAGAAAAUAAAAUGGUGGGACUGAGAUUGACUCAAACUCACAAGCGUUCAAAGAGUUUUCCUGACAAGAAGAAAGUCGAGGAGGAUAAUCCAGAUAAUCAUAUUGAGGCCUCAGAUAGAACGAAGCUGGAUAUCGGAUACCUCACCGAUUGUACAAAAUCUACGAGAAAACAAAACCCUCCACGUGAAGUCCAAAAUAAUCUGAAGCAAGAGAUUCUAGACCUUGAGAGAAGGCUACAACACCAGUUUGAGGUGCGAUGCACAUUGGAAAAGGCUCUUGGAUACAGGCCUUCAUCUCUUCAAAGUUCAAAUGACGUGAUAAUGCCCAAGCCAGCUACAGAAUUAAUUAAGGAAAUUGCACUGCUAGAGCUGGAAGUUGUAUAUCUGGAACAACAUCUUCUCUCCUUGUACCGCAAAGCAUUUGAUCAACAAUUAUCUUCCGUAUCUCCAUCUACCAAGGAGGAAAAAGUAAAAGCUUCUUCAGUAACACCUAAGGCAAGAGUCAUUGAAGUUUGUGAUCACGAGAUCUUAUCCAAAAGAGGAUGUUCUGCCAUACAAUCUGAUAUUCAUAAGCUUGAGACUCCAGGAAAGGAAUAUAGUAUACAAUCCAAUGGACAUGAGCACGACGCUCAAGGAAAAGGACAUAAUGGAAAUGGACUAGAAAAGCUAUUAGAUUCCGGGGUGUAUCGUUGCCAUUCCUCAUUAUCUCACUAUUCAGCAUUUGCAACUAGAACAUCUCCUCCAGCAGAACCUCUAGAUAAAUCUUUGCGCGCUUGUCAUUCACAACCAUUGUCCAUGAUGGAGUAUGCCCAAACGGCAUCAUCAAAUGUAAUUAGCCUGGCAGAACAUCUCGGCACUCGCAUAUCUGAUCAUAUCCCGGAUACACCUAAUAGGCUUUCUGAAGAAAUGGUCAAAUGCAUAUCAGCUAUAUAUUGCAAGCUUUCAGACCCAUCUUUGACGCAACCUGGCCUUUCAUCCCCUACUUCAUCCUUGUCAUCAAUGAGCGGCUUUUCUCUGGGAGAUCAAGGUGAUAUAUGGAGUCCGGGGUUCAAGAACAAUUCCUCUUUUGAUGUACGGUUAGACAACCCUUUCCAUGUCGAAGGGCUCAAGGAGUUUAGUGGACCGUACAGCACCAUGGUUGAAGUGUCAUGGAUUUAUAGAGAGAGUCAGAAAUUGGGUGACACGGAGCUGCUGCUCCAGAACUUCAGGUCACUUAUCUGUCAAUUGGAAGACGUGAAUCCUGGGAAGUUGAAUCAUGAGGAGAAGCUAGCUUUUUGGAUCAACAUACACAAUGCUUUGGUGAUGCAUGCAUUUUUGGCUUAUGGGAUUCCGCAAAACAAUGUGAAGAGGCUAUUUCUUCUCUUGAAGGCUGCAUACAAUGUUGGGGGUCAGACUGUUAGUGCAGACACAAUACAGAGUGCCAUCCUUGGAUGCCGGCUCUCUCGCCCUGGACAGUGGCUCCGGGUGUUCUUUUCCCCAAGGACAAAAUUCAGGGCUGGAGAUGGACGACAAUCAUACGCAAUAGAGCAUCCUGAGCCUCUUUUACACUUUGCACUCUGCUCAGGAAACCAUUCUGAUCCGGCGGUGCGUGUGUUUACACCAAAAAGAGUGUUUCAAGAGCUGGAAGUUGCGAAGGAUGAGUACAUUCGAGCGACCUUUGGAGUGCGGAAGGACCAGAAGAUCCUUCUACCAAAGCUUGUAGACACAUUUGCCAAGGAAUCAGGAUUGUGCUCUGCUGGUGUUAUGGAAAUGAUCCAACAGUCUCUGCCCGAAUCUCUUCGGAAGAGCAUCAAGAAAUGUCAGGUUGCAAAAUCAAGAAAGAGCAUAGAAUGGAUUCCACACAACUUUACUUUCCGAUAUCUUAUAUCCAAGGAACUGGUGAAAUGAUGGCCGAAUUUCAUUAGUUUCCAAUGCGACUGACAAUCCGCAUUGUUUGCUCUAUGUAUUUAUUCUUUUGUACAAAGUAGAUAUAUAGGGUAGCGUUGACAUCACAAUCGGAUAUUGCGUGCGUAUAAUGUCUUCCCAUGUCACAGAAGUAUCUGUAUUGACUAUUGAGUAGUUUGUUAAAAUCGAGAGAUUCUGCCGUGAGCAGUGUAAAUGAGCUGUUUCUAUAAUCAAAUGUCUUCCGACUGGGUACGUUAUUGUUGACUGUUUGUAGAUUAUCACGGUUAUAACUUGGUUAGGAAGCGUUGGAAGUGACUAAAGGGGUCAGCACAAUUUGGG